UGAUGGUAAAUUAAUUGUGUUGAUUUUUUUUUCUAAGAGAGAUGUCAAUGGCUCACAAAUGGAAUCACAAUUUUCCCAAAAUUGCCCGUGAAGCAGGUUUUACAAUUAGGGAACUUUCUACAGGACAAUGUAUUGAUUGGAGAUUCAUUGGUAGGUUUCAACAAAAAGCCAUACACUUAUAUAAUAAAAAACAUAUCGCAGCAUCGAUCGAGCCAUACGCAGUAGUUUCGGAAAAGGAUUACGAAAAGUUAGACGAGUUCAUUCCGCACAUUUCGCAAGUUUCCAUCGGAUCAGUGCUCCAGAAUCGAAUAUUGGACCCUGCGAUUGGAAAAUACUUUAUUUUAGCUCAAUUCAGCAUUCAAUACUUGAUGUUUUGUAAGCAGUUCCUUGAUGAGACCAUUACAGAAAUAAGAAAUACAGCUCAGGAUGUUCAAAAGGAGAACAAUCGUCUGGAAAAAACAUGCCGAAAAAAGAAUGAAGAGUUGAUAGCGUUGCAUCGAAAAUUGCAAAAAAUGGAAGAACAUCCUACUCAACAAAUUGUUUAUCCAUGUUCGAAAUGUACAAAAAAUUUUAUAAGUUUAGAGCUUCUCAAUGCUCACAUUACUCGAAAGCAUGUUGAUGUUCGUACUGUCCCAAGUGAAGUGAAAUCUUGCUCCGAUCGCAAGCUAUCUGAAACAGACACUAAUCUAAUCAACACCAUCAAAUUAGAAUUAGAAGUUAAACAACUCAAGGAACGGCUAAAUGCAGCGGAGAAAAAUUUAAUGGAUCAACGUAAAAAAGAGUAUAUUUGCCAUAGUUGCAACCAUGAGGAACGAACAAGUGACAUAAAACAAUACGAUAGGUACCGACCACAUCGUGAGCGUCUCAAUGUUGGUAUUCAAACCAAUCUGGACGAUUUAAAAGAUGUAAAUGAAAAGGAAGUACAGACUAAUCGUACCGAUAAUGUAGCAAGAAUACCAACAUGUGAUACAUCAUCUCCAAUGCAGCAACAGUUAUUACCGAAUGAUUACAUAUCUAAAUCUAGUCUUGAAACAAUCUUAAACGAUCAAAAACAAGAGUUUGAAUGCUGGAAGAUUCAGGAACGCCAACAAUUCAAUCAAGAGAUUGAAAACAUUCGUCAGAACAUAACCGAAGUGUUACGGGAGCUGGAUCAACGAGAUAUUAUGAAUCCUCCAGCUUUAUUGUCGAAGCCUUCGUUGGUUAUUGACGAUCAGAAUCAAGUUUUUGAUAACAUAUGGAAGCAACGAUUUCAUGAACUUGAACGAAUGUAUCAGAAAAGUCAACAACAGGUGCGUGAAACAGUGGAAAAUAUCGAGUUGGUUUACGAGGAAAAAAUCAAGCAGUUUGAAAUGAUGAUUCAGCAAAGUUCAUCGUCAGUUAAAAAGGUAGAAUCGUCCACAAAUACUUCAAACCAAUGUCAAAAGAUUGCGAACCCCUCAGAAAAUAAUAUACAUGUUGUAUUACCAGAACCUAGUAACUCAGACACGUUAGUUUCUUUUUCGGAAAAGUCCGAAGAAGGCGAAAUAGUUGGAGUAACGGAAAGCAAAUCUAAUAAUACAUAUCUUGAAGAAUCGGUAUCUGAUGAAGAAAUAAGGGAACUAGAAUCAUCAAAUAAAGUAUUGUUAAGUGAGGUUUUGAGUCCACAUGCUAUAAAUUCGAAUAAUAUCAACAAACAUCAAAAAGCUCCCGUUUCACCAAAAAAAUUGAUAUUAAGUAUUUUCAAGAGUCGUCUCAAAGGAAUAGGAAUAGAUUCCAAAUGUAAAUUAUUACUGAAAGAAGAUCUCGAUGCCGCAUCAUUUGCUCUAGCAGAACGUCGAGACGCCAACAAGAAGAAAAACCGAAAUUAUUUUGUUGUACGAAAUCAAUUGGUCGCCAAAGUGGAUCAGUUAGCGAGAAACAAAAUCGAGAAUUCGAUGGAACCGUUUUCGAAAGUAAACUCCGCCAAACAUCCAACAGAUAAUGAGAAACGAGAGCCCUUUGGUCCGAUUGUAAAAUCAAAUACCAAAACGCGAUCAAAUGUGACUAGAAAAUCAUUCAUUGAAAUUCUUCCCAACAGGCUCAAGUUUAUUCCUGAUCAACAACUGGCAUUUGGCCCUAGUUCUCCAACGAAUCCAUUCAAAGUAAAAUCUGUGCACGAUUCGUCCAUGUUGGCAGAGGCUCCCGAAGUUAAGCUCAUUGGCGAAGAUAUAAUAACAGUUCAAGCAGAGAUCAAUACGGCGCCCGAUACGUUUGAUAACAGUCUUGAGUAUGAGCGGAAUUUAGAACGAUUACUCGAGACACCAGUGAAGCGAAUUCAAACACCACCCAAAAUAGUCGUCGCUCAGGAAUACAAGCAUGAGCAGGCUGAAUCUGAGCAAAACAACAUUUCCAGUCUAUUGCAACCGAGACCAGUUCCUAAAAAGAGAGUAUUCUUCAAUUUGGAAAGCCAAGCAUCGAAUGGGCCGAAUUUGGUUGUACAACCGCUGUCUUCAACCGUUAUAGAAGUACACAAACCAGAAGAAGAUUCUGACUGGAAUAUCAGUAGUUUUGAAGAUGAAAAAUAGUUACAUGAUUAUAAAAUCAGCAAAG